AUGGACGUAUUGAACCGCAUGGAUCAUAUUGUGGUUGUUGUUCAUCGUGUAUUAAAUUUCUUGGUACAUGAAAAUGAUCAUUGUUUUGAUUUUCAUUCUGGUACACAACCGAUUAAAGAAUGUCGACCUGGUUUAGUUUGUAAUAAAAAAACAAAUAAAUGUGAAUUAUUAAAAUGUUUUGAUCAAUUAAAAAAAUUAAAUAAAAAUGAUACUAAUUCCAUAUUAAUACCUAAUUGUAAACCUGAUGGAACAUUUGCUCCACGACAAUGUAACAAAACGUCUUGUUACUGUGUUUCAUUUCAUGGUCAAUUAUUAACACAAUUUAAAUCAUCAUCGAUUGAUUCAAAACGUUAUUGUCAUUGUGCACAAUUAUUUAAUGGAAAUAUAUCUUGGAAGACAAGAUGUGAUAAAUAUGGUGAUUAUUUACUCGUACAAUGUAAAGGAAAAAUUUGUUAUUGUGUAAAUUUAGAUGGAAAAAUAUUAAAAAAUAUGGAAUUUUUUUCUCGAACAAAAUCUGUUGAAAAUGAACAAUAUUGUUUGAAUUUACAAAAGAAAAAAGGAAUAAAAACAAUUUAA